CACUGGUGACGUAUUUAACCUGCUUGCACGGGUAGUGUCAAAUUUAAUUUAAUUAUUUGAUAUUAGGGCUGACUUUUUUGUCAUUGCUGAGUGUAAUAAAAUUAAAUAUUUCCAGAAAUUGUUAGAACUUUAAAUAAAUUUAAAGAACACAAACGCUUAUGUUUUAUUGAUUUUGUAAGACUGGGGAUGCGUUAAAAACAAGGCUAUUCAAAUGUAUUAUCAAUACCAACAAGUACGACUUACUUUUUUACCCCAAUCACAAGGUCUAAUUAAGAACAUCCCUUUCAGUUCGUGUGGACGAAUAGAGAGCGCUGUUCAUCCCCACUCCUCACACCACACCUCCCUCCAGCAAUCCGCUGUCGGUGUAAGAUUGGGCAUUCAGUGUGUGACCAGCUGUCCUCUAGUUCACUGACGUUCCUGUCAAUCUGCGAUGGAAUCGUACGAAAUGGUCAUUGUUGAAGUUGAGGAAGAUCCCCGUACUCCUUCACCAGUGAAGGCUAUAUGCGAUGAAGAUAAGCCAUGGCCGACGCAGAAAUCGAUCUGGGACAGCUCACCGCGGCAAGAUACCACUUCCAUUUCUAAGUCAGAUCAAGUCUAUCUUCGCCAACUAUGGCUGAGGAGACAGGCAGAUGCUCAAAGACUUACAGGUGCGUUUGAAGAAACGCCUCUGAUAAGACAUCCUGGAGGGUCUAUUAGGGACCGGAUGCGGCCUAAAAGAUUAUUCUCAGAGUGCAACAAAGAAUGUGAAGGAUUCCAAUGUAACCCUUGUGGGUUGGUCUUUGCAAAUGCCGAUGCUCUUUCGACCCACUUGGACUUCCACACAAGGUUUUUUAACAAGAAGUGAACUUCUAUACCUUCGGCAAUGUGUUGGAGUGGAGUCCUUCAUAUUUUUAACCGAGCUCUGAUCAACAAAGAGAAACAGGAUGACAGAAUCCGCGCAGGAGUGAGUUCGUUAACACAGUAACCUGAGCGCGAUUGAAUGAAAAUUGAACUUCUAUAAAGAUGUGCUCUGCUAUUGAUCCCAGCAUUGCUACAGUUGAGAGAACAAAGGACAUUCCAAAGUUCAACUUACGUAUAAAUUAGAAGCUAUUUACCAAGCCUAUUGGAACAAUAUAAAUUCUGUGAAAAGUGAUUUCAAACCAUCUUUCUUUUAAAAAAAAUGAGUUCUGUUGAUGCUGAACACAUAAUUGAUUGUCAUAAUAUUGAAAAUACUAAUUUGAAGAUGUUUAUUAUAUUCAGACUUAAAAUAAAUUCUGUUAGCAAAAAGAAAUUCUCCUAUAGAUCUAUUUUUAGAAGUAAAUCUGUUAAUGUAUAUGUGCAACAUUUAUAAACAUCAUUUCCUUUGUAUAUAAAUAAACAUUGUCUAUUUUAUCUAUAAA